GUUUGGAUCAUUGCAGAAAGAGCUGGGACGAGCUCUACAAGUUCAACACCCCGUUGUUGCUAAAAAGCAAAUACUUCUGUUAUUUUCAAAAACAUGGCAGAGAGUGACUGGGAUACAGUGACUGUUUUGAGGAAGAAAGGGUCAGCUGCGCAGUCAAAGUCUAAACAGGCUAUAAUUUCUGCUCAGAGGAAGGGUGAGGAUGUCGAAACAUCUAAGAAAUGGGCUGCUGGGCAGAAUAAACAGCAUUUAAUCACAAAGAACACUGCAAAGCUGGACAGAGAGACAGAGGAGCUCAGCCACCAGAGAGUGCCUCUUGAAGUGGGUAAGGUUAUUCAGCAGGGCCGGCAAAUUAAGGGCCUCACCCAGAAAGAUCUGGCCACUAAAAUCAACGAGAAACCACAAAUCAUAGCCGAGUAUGAAUGUGGGAAGGCUAUCCCCAAUAAUCAAGUCAUGGGGAAGAUUGAACGAGCCAUUGAUGUUCCAGAGUUGUUGCUGUGUUUGUUUCCUUAACUCUCUAUCACAACCUGCAGCGGAAUUGUGCUUCAGCAAUGGGCUUUCCUUUUCACAUGAAACUCCGGGAUUCCCUCAAUGUACAUGCGCAUAUACACAAACGUGAGGAACUGUCGAUAUUUUAAAGUGGUGUUUAUAAAUGGGUAUAGUUUAUAGUGUAUGUGCUUUUCCCACUGUACUCCCAGAAAUGUUAUUGACUUGUUGUUGGGCUACAUCCUAUAACGUUUGUUAUCUGAUCCACGCACAUGCACACUCUUCAAAAAUCAGUUAGAACGCCACUUAUGUGUUUACAUGGCCACAUAAGGAUCUUUCUCUAGGAGAAACCUUGGCGUGUUAAACCACUUUCUCUUAAUCCAUUAAACGGCAUAAGGAAAUCUGUGUUCUCGUUUACAUGAUGUUUCAGAAAGCUGCUUUCUGCAAAAACCCUGGAAUAACCUGCUUUCUUAAGCGCAUGUAAACGUAGUCAUGGUUACUUGAUCCUCCUCUGUCGUCUCCUAGUUGUGGACAAGUGUUCUAAUAUCAGGGAUGUUGUUAUGCCAAAUUUGGCAUUUUAUUUGAUUGUUUGUUUAAUCCAAGGUAAAAUACAGGCAGACUACUGAUGUCAUAUGGAAAGCAGCUCUCUGAUGUGCUGAAGGUCUUAUUGGUUUAUAGAGUUGACCAAACAGAUUGGAUUUACUGAUGGCUGAGUCAGGCUGUCGGACUAAAAAAAGUUUUGUUGAUCAGUUGAGAAAUUAUGAUAAUUUAGUUGCAGUCCUUUUUUAAAUAUGUAAUUUGAAUUAAUGCUAUUAAGGCUUCUGUAAUGUGUACUAGUUUAGUGAUCGAGGAAAUAAACAGUCAGAACAUGUCUAUUCUCAAUUGCCUACUCCUCAGACUCAAAGAAUCAGUUAUUUACAUUUUGGAAUCAACUUCGUGCCCUAGCAAGUGAAUCUGUGUUAUAAAGAUGCAUAAAACAUUUUUUUUUGGUUUCACUGAUAUGACGGUGAUCUUGGACUUUAUAGCAAUAUCACACAAGGAACAGUGCUUUACGUCCAGCUAUCAGCACAGCUGUGAUUCGGCCAUAGCAGCCGAGGGCUGAUUGAUGGACAAUACAGCAUGAUUGUGAGUGUGAGAAUAUUUUAUACAACUGUUCAACAAAAAAGUUAAUAAAAUAUAGCUGCAAACAGCGAUGACAGGCCCAAGCUUCAUGGGUUCAUUUCCACCCGGUGGCUCUUGGAAAAUAAUGCAAGGUGGACACAUGCAUUUGGCAUUAUUCUAAACAAGUUUGAAGCAAUUUGGGUAAACAUAAGAGGAAUAUUAAAGUCUGUUGUAAGAGCCAAACUUCCUGCUGCCAGGUGGUGGCGAUAUGACCGUGACCCAAAAUAAUCAUAUCCAUGUGAUUAGCCCCCCAAGACUAAACAGACAUCUCAAUUUUGAUCUAAAUCACACAAUGCACACAAAAGCUAUGUGACGCUUCUUGUUUCCCAUUUUUUCCCCUUAAAUUUAAUGGCUCGCCAUGGCAACACCGUUCGAUAUAUCAAAAAUCUGUUCACAAUUUAGCAUCUUCAAAGUCUUUGCAUAAUAUUUUCUAAAUGUGGUGGCAGUCACAUGAAUCCCCUAGAUAGAGUAUUCAAAAGUUCAGGUCCUGCAAUUUAAAAAAAGAAAAAAAAUGCUCAUUUCACUUCCUUUUGGGUGGUCAUUUUGAAAGAUGUCCAGCAGGAUGAGAACAAUAUAUGUAGCAAGUUUGGUGACCGUAGAGGAAACUGACCCCAACACUUUUGUCAAAAGGUGGCGCUACAGAGCUCCCCAGCCACACCCAUGUGUUCAGUUUUGCCCAGGCCUAAUGGCUGACAAUUCUGAUGUGUGGAAAAUAUCAUGAAAGUUCAAGCAUGCCGUGUACCUCAAAAACGUGAAUAUACAUAAAAAGGAAUAUGACAUUUCAUGUGUUGCCAUGGCAACACCGUUUAAGAUAUCAAGAAUCCCUUCAGAAUUUUAAGUCUGCACUGUCUUGACAUUAUUCUAAAAAGUUUGAAGCAAUUCAGGUAAACAUAAGAGGGAUAUUUCAAAGUCUGUGAAAAGUACCACACUUCUUUCCGCCAGUUGGGGACUGUGACCCACAAUAGCCACAUCAAUGUGAUCAGCCCGCAAGGUCAAACAUUUGGCUCAAUUUUGAUGCAAAUCACACGAUGCAUGAAGAUAUGAGAUGCUUCCUUUUCAAAAAAAAAUGUUUUACAUUAAUUUAUUACAUUGCCAUGGCAACACCGUUCAAUAUAUCAAAAACAUGUUCUCAAUUUAGCAUUGUCAAUGUCUCUGUAUGAUGUCACCCACAUUUGGUACCUGUAACAUGAAAUCCCUUUCAAGUUAUUUCAAGUUCCUGAGCAUGCAUUUUCAAAUAAUACAACUUCCUGUUGGGUGGAGCUUAUGACUGUCAGUGUGAAAGUUGUCCGGCUUGAUGAGAUCUAUGUGUACAAAGUUUGGUGACUCUAGCUCAAAAGGGAUGUGCUACAGAGCCCCCCCGAACAUGCCCUCCUCCUUAUUGUUGAAAGUUUACGUCUUCUCCCAACUUGGAAAUUUGUGUCAGGUAGGCGCCCCGAGCAUAUUUGAUUACUUUGUUGCUACAGCUGUGUCGGAAGUGAUGCUGAAGCUGUUAGUUUAACUAUUUUUCAGCUAUAGCCACCUGCUGGCUCAAAUCUUUAACACAGAGAGGAAUGGAAGUUCACACAUCUAGCUGCUCUUAAGCGUUUGGGAAGCCACAAACACGAGGAGUUAUACAAGCAGUAAAGUGUCCCAGUGCUAAAAGUCUGAGCUGUCAGCACUCUUGGAAUGACUCUCGUCUAAUCAAAUUUGAGAACCGGAAGUAUCUGUUGUAUAAUAAUUGUAUAAUAAUCAUUGAAUGCUGCAUCAUUCAAAAGUUAUCAAUGCUAUUGAAGAAAUACCAUAU